AUGAGGUCCUUCUCCCUGGCACAAGGCCGACUCUCGUGCCUCCGGAUACGUGGAUCGAUUCUCCAGUCGCCGACCUCGUCAGGCGCGGGCCCAAGCUCCAGUCUUGUCUGUCGGGUAGUGCGGAUAAGCCAACAAAGAAGCCACACGAGUGGGCAAUGGCAGAAGCAGUGGCAGAGGCAACGAAGUUGGCAAUGGACCGUCCCGCCGCACCGAGGGCAAGCACCUCUGCUGUCCGCCGCCAAGGGCGCCGCGCUAGGAACAGCGGCUUUCGUCAAGCUCUCCGAGAGCGAGGAGGCAUCUGGGGACACCGGGGAGAUGCGCAUGCUGGAGGCAUCCCGCCAAGAGAUAGCCAAGAAGGUCGAAGACAGCGAUCGGGGGUUCUCGCGACUGCGGCACAAGGUCGUCUUGUUCCUCGACCUCUAUGUCUGGGAGCCACUCUGCACCGGGUUCCGGUUCCUCCACCUUGCCGUCAUCUUUGUACCAGUCAUCCUUGCCAUUCCAGCGAUAUGGAUCGGCAGAAGACAAAAGGACCGCGAUAACGAGCGAGCCGGUACGCUGUGGUGGUACAGCUUCCUUGUGAAGGGUAUGGAGUGGGCUGGUCCAGCUUUCAUCAAGUUGGGUCAAUGGGCCGCUUCCAGAUCUGACAUUUUCCCGACCGAGUUGUGCGAGAUUAUGUCGAAGCUGCAUUCGGAUGCUCCAGCUCACUCCAUGCACGCGACCAAGCGCAUCGUGCAAGCUGCAUUCGGUGGUCGUCCAUUCGAGGAUGUCUUUGAUGAGUUCGAUGAAAAACCUCUUGGAGUGGGUGCCAUUGCUCAGGUGUACAAGGCUAAGCUCAAGCCCGACUUGGCAGGGCCAGGAGACGCCGACCUGCGUGAUGAUGAAACUCGUGGGACAAUACGGAAGAACGUGACGAGGAAUGUUGGUACCGUUCUCAAGAGUACGCCGAAGCGGGUGCCUUCCUCUUAUGUGGCUGUCAAAGUCCUGCACCCAGGGGUCGAACGCACAGUACGCCGGGACCUGCGCAUUAUGGGGGCUGUUGCGUCCGUGCUCAACUUCAUCCCCACGAUAGAAUGGCUCUCUCUUCCCGACGAGGUUGAGCAGUUUGGGGAGAUGAUGAAACUGCAGCUCGACAUGCGCAUCGAGGCCGCAAACCUGACAAUUUUCCGGAAGAACUUCAAGAAUCGUACCACAGCUUGGUUCCCCUUCCCGUACACCGAGUUCACGACAAGGAAUGUUUUGAUCGAGGAGUUCGCCCACGGCAUGCCUCUAGCUGACUUCUUGGAGAACGGAGGCGGUGUUUUCCAACGAGAUAUCGCCUCGGAGGGACUUGACGCCUUUCUACGCAUGCUGCUGCUUGACAACUUCAUACAUGCCGAUUUGCACCCGGGCAACAUCAUGGUGCGCUUCUAUGAGGCUGAGCAGCCGGAUCUGCCCUUGAAGCUACGUCUUCGCCACCAGGAUGGUGAGGACCAGGCACUACCAUCAGAGCAGAACGAUGUGACAGAAAAGGUUCUCGCCAGGCUCCGACCGUUUCGCCACCAAAAGGAUCCUGAGGCAUGGAACGCCGAGCUAGCAAAGAUUGACCGAGAGGGCUACAGACCGCAGCUGAUUUUUAUCGACACGGGCCUGGUCACGGAGCUGAAUGAAACAAAUCGCAGCAACUUUCUCGAUCUUUUCCGGGCUGUUGCUGAAUUUGAUGGUUACAAGGCUGGCAAUCUCAUGUGCGAACGGUGCCGCCAGCCUGACGCUGUCAUCAACAAGGAAGUCUUUGCUCUGAAAAUGCAACACUUGGUGCUCGGAGUCAAGAGCCAGACUCUGGCAUUAGGCAACUUGAAGAUUGGCGACAUAUUAGAGAAGGUCCUUGACAUGGUGCGAAGCCAUCACGUUCGUCUCGAAGGUGACUUUGUCAAUGUUGUCAUCAGCAUCUUCCUUCUCGAGGGCAUCGGGCGGACGUUGGACCCCAAUACAGAUCUUCUGAGUAGCAGUCUGCCCAUUUUGCGCCAAUUGAGCGCUCAACAGGGCAAGGACAUGGCCAAGGGAGGUGAUUUUAGUAUGAUCAUCUUGUGGAUGGGUCUGGAGACCAGGAGGUUCCUUCAGAUAAGUAUCGAUGAUGUCUGUGACCCAUUUCCUACGCUCUGUUGCAUGGUCACUGGCUAA